AUGGUAGCGGAAGAAAGUGUCGUGGCCCUGGCAGUGGCUGAUGAUGAAAAGGAAGCGGCGGAAGAGGAACUGGUUAAGCGCGCCCAGAACUCUGGUAUAAUGUCCACCUUUAUGCCUGACCCACAGGGCGCUGGCUACGUGAUGGCCUUCCCUAUGGACGACAGCAAGCCGUCCAAUGGUGCCACUAACACCACCCCGACUGCCGAUGAUCAGCAGCAGCAGCAGCAACAGCAGCAGCAAAGCGCGCCGACCUCGCCGGAGUCGGAGGAGCCCAAAUCUUCAGCUCCGGAGGAAUCACCUGUUGUCGAGGCCGUGGUGGUCGAAUCGGGGUCGGACAGGCCCAAGGCGGACGACAUCCGAAAGAUUUUGGGUGUCUACAACGCGGCCAUGUCGGCCAAACUUAAGCCCAUUCCCCCGGAGAAGCCCAAGCAGUUUCUUUUUCCCCCGCCCCGGAAACAGUACGGGCCGGGCGGCUUUCCCGUCCUUUCUGCUGUAGACGAGCCUGAGGACGGCAUUCGGUUCAUUGAAGUCCCGGAGGCCGCGUCCAGUUUCAUGCACCGGUCUCUGGUGGUUGAGAGCGACAACGACGUCCAGGCCCUCUCCGACAAGAAGGACAAGGACGACGAUGAUGAAGAACAGGUCGUGGUGAGCGUUCCCUCGUCCAGCGAGAACCAAGAGCAGAACAAGGGAGAGUCCCAGCAGAAGGCUCCUUUGGGCAUGCCCGCCAUGCGACCUCCCUUCUUCCCGAGGGUGCCGUACCAGGGCUCGCCUCUGGUGCUCAUGCUCGUGGCCCGAGUCCCCGUGCCGGUGCCCGUUCCUGUGCCCAGCGCUUCGGCCAUGCCACGAUACGGGAUGGCGCCUCCCCCGUUCGCGCCGUUUCCAGGAAUGAUGCGCCGCAUGGCGCUCGCGCCGCCACCACGCUUCGCGCAGCCCUUCUACCCGGGCCCACCUCCACCUUUCUUCCCGCAUCCUGCAGGACCCAUGCCCGACAUGAUGCCACCCUUCGCAAUGCCCCCGCCUAUGUUCCGUCAUCCUGGGAUGUAUCCCCCGUUCAUGCCGCAUCCGGCCAUGAUGCCCCAUCCCGGCAUGAUGCCCCAUCCCGGCAUGAUGCCUCAUCCAGGCAUGAUGCCUCAUCCGAGCAUGAUGCCUCAUCCGAGUAUGAUGCCUCAUCCUGCCAUGAUGCCGCACCCUGCUAUGAUGCCUCAUCCCGGCAUGAUGCCCCACCCGGCUAUGAUGCCCCAUCCGCCAAUGAUGCCUCACCCAGGGAUGUACCCUAGCCCGAUGUCGAGCAUGCUGCCCCCUCCCGCCUUCAUGGCCCCGCCGAUGCACCCGCUGCACCCAAUGCAUCCGAUGAACCGCGGCCCCGUCGGCGUCAUCGUGCCGGUCGGACUCGUGCUGUCCCACCCGGAGGCAGCAACCUUCCGUCCUCGGAUGCCGCCGAUGCAGCAGGCCCCCAAGCUGGAGCUGCCGUUCCCGGAGGCCCGCGGCAUGGCCCCGUCGCAGGCUCCCUUCCUGUUCCGCGGUCCCCCGAUGCCCCCCCGCCCCGAGCCCCGAGUGGUCCCGCAGGAUCGGAGGCCCUUCAUGGUCGGCGUGGAGGAGCUGCCCCAGAGGAUGCAUCCCCGCGAGCAGAUGGGUCCCGUUCUUGUGAAGCCCGAGGGCCCUCGUAGGGGGCCCCUGCCGCUUGCGGGACCCCGGCCCGAGCCAACCCUGCUGCGCAGGCCCUGGCCCCUGGCGCCACCCCACGCAGCAGCCGCCCAGCAGCAGCCGGAAGCGAUGCAGCAGAAACCUUCCUUCCCGAUGGCCGAGGUGAUCCGGCGCCAAGCCCGGCUGGUGCUCAACGUGCCUCCGUCGGACGAGCGGCUGGGCGUCAGCUACAUGCCGUCCAAGAUGAUGAUGACGCCCCGCAUGGGAUCCAGCGGCGACCUGAACCCGGCGUCGACCCUGGAGACUGCCAGCACUGUGCUGCGCUUCCUGCUCAGGAACCAGGGAGCCUGAAAUCCCCCAAAGAUCCGCUUCGCCAAAACAAGAAGGGCACGCGUGGCCCCCGCUCUCACUGCACGCUCUUCGGAGGGAAGCAUCGAUCCCAGCGAUAACCCCCUUGUUUCUACUAAGGUACAAAUGGAUGCACGCCAGGUAGCCCAGGAAGGGACGCGGAAAGUGCGCGCGCACUCAAAGUCCACGGUGAUCCCUCUAAAAGAAGUGCGAUGAGGACUUUUGAAGGCGCACAAAUCAUGUCAUCGGCAGAUUGUAUCUGCUUUCUCGUGAGCCCCAGUGACAUCGAAGUUCCAUAUAAAUUUUGCGUUUGGUUUCAGAUGCGCGCUUGUCCGAAAUUAACUUCGAACGAAGGGCGUGCUGUUACCCCUUGGGAUCAACGUGCAGAUUGUCCACUGUGAUAGUUUGGUGGUGAGAAAUUCGGUGUGUUGAUCGCGAGUAAACAUAAGAACGGAAAUAGGUCCGCAUCAAUUUUUACGUCGUGUUAUUUUUUUAAUAAACGUGCUUGUUCACAUCA